AUGUCACCACAAAAUCAGACAACUGAAGGGCCAACUGCAGUCGCCCCACUGCACAAAAUUCUUCAUAAACUUCGUGAAGAUCAAGAACAGGUGCACAAUACGUAUCUAUUCUACAGCAAUCAUCGUCAUAUAAAUGAAUUUUCAUUUGACGAUAUCGAAGAGAUGCCUGACUUCAGCCUCCAACUCGCCAACGAAUUUUGCAACAAGGCGGCCCCUGUCUACAUUCUUAAAGGAAGGAAUUAUAGAGUGACUAAGUGGCUCGAGAUCUCUCUGCUACAUUACAUAUACCGCAUGUGGUUCCGUCCAUACCAGAGCGAAAUCGAGUACGGGCAAUUCCUCGUCAAAAUCGUAUCGCCCACGAUGGACCCCAAGAUAGACACGACAAGCUUAAGCGAAGUAGCCGAUCUGGCUGCAGAGCUGAAUGAAGCGUUCUGCGACAAGGUAGAACGAUGCCAAAAUCUAGCCCAGGAGUUGGCUGAACACGACUUUGACAAGCAGUGGGAAAAGCUCGGCCCAACCAACCGUAGGGACGACGGUUAUGACCAAGAUAUGAGGCAGUCUAUUCUCGACCAAGAAUUCUUCAUCCUCCAACCACUUUUUCGUGCUGUUGCUAUCGCCGUCACUGAUACCAAUUUCAACCCGGAGCUGCCGAUAUCGCAGCUUCCCGUGGUCAUCACAUGUACCGGCAUUGAGGAUGGGCUGAGCGCUCCCAUCACAUUCGACCCCAUUGUCAAGAAAAUUGAAGAGUUGGACGAAGGCGAUGUUAGGGCAGUGAAGACAACACUAGAGACGGCGAUCGCCUUCUUGAUGUACCUGGAACGCCGUGAAACGGAAGCCUUUGGUCUUAGACCCGACCCAGUUACUUCUACCAAAGACCUCGCAAGUGGCUGUAUCUUGGAUAGGGACGAAAUUAUUGGAAGGGCUAGGCGGCUUGGGUGGUCAGAGGACAUGGGCUCAUUGGUGGGUCCGAGUUCUCGAUGGGUGGACCAGGAGAUCUAUCCGUCCGAGUUAGGCAUGACCAAGAGAUUGAUGGCGAAUAUGAGCUGUUUUGAACAGAUAGAAAAACGAGGUAUGGUGAGAUGCUGGAACGAACGGAGCAUGAAAGGCGCAUAAGACACCUCAUUAAAUCAACAGAUCAUCAUGAUCGUUCUCAGUUAUGAGUGUUUUUUCAUGCGGCAAACUCGCGGCUCGAGGUACUCAAGUACUGCCAAAAGACAUCUCCCUGUCCUAUGCG